AAAACAAUGGGUGAGUGCUGCCUGUCUCCAGAGGACGAGGAGAGACUGAGGAUACACAGAGAAAUAGAGAGACAGCUUCGACGGGACAAAUUAGCGUCUCACCGGGAGCUGAAGCUGCUGCUUUUAGGGACUGGUGAAAGUGGGAAGAGUACUUUCAUCAAACAGAUGAGGAUCAUCCAUGGCAAAGGAUACAAUGACACUGACAGGAAAGGCUUCACUCGUGUGGUGUAUCAGAACAUCAUAGCGGCCAUCAAGGCGAUGAUCAACGCCAUGGAGACUCUUCACAUUGACUAUGUCGAUGACCAGAACAUUGGGUAUGCAGAGAAGCUGAGCCAAGUGGACUUGACCUAUGUGUCAAGUUUGGAGUCCUGGCAAGUGGACGCAAUAAAGAGAGUCUGGAACGAUCACGGUGUUCAAAGAUGCUAUGAGCGCAGAAGGGAAUUCCAGAUAUCAGACUCAGCAAAAUAUUACCUCACUGACUUGGACAGAAUCACAGCCCCGUCGUACAUCCCCACCCUGCAGGACAUCUUGAGGGUCAGGGUGCCCACCACAGGCAUCAUAGAGUAUCCCUUUGAAUUUUCCAAAAUCAUCUUCAGGAUGGUUGAUGUUGGUGGGCAGCGUUGUGAGAGGAAGAAAUGGAUCCACUGUUUUGAGAAUGUCACCUCUAUCAUAUUCCUUGCAGCCCUCAACGAGUACGAUCAGGUCCUCUUCGAGAGUGAAAACGAUAAUCGACUCAAGGAGAGCCUCGCCUUGUUUAAGACCAUCACCUUGUAUCAGUGGUUUCAAGAGUCCUCCAUCAUCCUCUUUCUGAACAAAACAGACCUGCUAGAGGAGAAAAUCCAGCAUUCGCAUUUAGCUACCUACUUUCCAGAAUACACAGGGCCUCAAAAGAAUGCUGAAACAGCUAAAAAGUUCAUCUUAAAUAUGUAUGUGGAGCGGCAUGUUGGUCGUCAUAAAGCCCUUUACACGCACUACACCUGCGCUACAGACACGGAGAACAUCAGGAUUGUCUUCAAAUCAGUCAAAGACACACUCCUCCAAGAAAACCUGGAACAGUUCAACCUCGAAUGACAGAGGCUAUUGGACCAAGUGAUGGCUUCACUGUGGAGAGCAAGAACACUGGUCGUAAUCAUGUUGUAACACUUUU